AUGCAGUCAAUUGCGCCUGCACCAAUGCCACAGAGCAUGCAGAAUCAGGACAUGAGUGCAGAUAAUGACUUAAGAGCCCAGCUCGCAGCUGUCAUUAGUACCCAGCAACACGCUUCCCAUGGCUACAACGACGGGCCAGCAUCGAGCAGCGCAAGUCCCCACGACCACAACAUCGACCCUGCCAUCGGCGGCCCAGGCCAUCCAGGAUCCGGAGGAAUGAUGAGUACGGGCGGCGACGGCAGCGGCGACGACAGCCUGGGCGAUGGGCGCAAAGGAGGGAAGCGCGAGCUCUCGCAGUCGAAGCGCGCUGCGCAGAACCGUGCAGCUCAGCGAGCUUUCCGCCAGCGCAAAGAGGGUUAUAUCAAGAAGCUUGAGGAGCAGGUCCGCGAAAUGCAUGCGUUGGAGGAGAACUACAAGUCCAUACAGUCGGAGAACUACUCGUUGAGGGAAUAUAUCAUCCACUUGCAAUCCCGCCUCAUCGAGUCGCAAGGCGAGUUCCCUCAACCACCACCCAAUGUGGACCUUCGCCAUCCCCAUGCCCGUCAACAACAACAAGAUCAUAUAGAACAACCUUCUCGUCAUGAAGGAGGUGCCCCGGUCGCGCCCAUGGCAUCGAUGAGUCAAUUAAAUGCUUCCGCUGCUCGCAAUCUUGCUGCCGCGGGACUAAAUUCUGGCAAGCAUGCUGCACCAGAAGAGCACGGAGGAUACGAUCACAAGAGAUACAAAGACAAUCCUGCAGAUGAAGCUGCAGACGAGGAAAUCAUUCGGUCUCAGCUACAAGCUUCUGAGGGCCUUCCGACUUCAAUGUCCGUGUAG